GAAGCCGGGCGUCUCCCGCCAUUACCCGCCUCCUCUUUAUGGACCACAAAUGAAGCUGACCUGUGACCCCUUCAAAUUAAAGAAACAGAGGGAAGAAAAUCUGAAAUCUGAUGCAAGCGCUGAUCCGUCACCAUAUCCGGAGGACACCAACAGCGCCUGUCGUACCGGGCACCAAUACAAAUUACAGCUCGCACCACUGUAGACAGGUUACUGGAAGCCGGUCGUCUCCCGCCAUUACCCCCGCCCCCUCCUCUUUAUGGACCGCAAACGCAAGCUGACCUGUGACCCCUUCAAAGUAAAGAAACCGAGGGAAGAAAACCUGAGAUCUGAUGCAAGCGCGUAUCCGUCACCGUAUCCAGAUUUCACAGAGAAUCUCCAGGAGGCCGUCUCCUACCUCUGGGCGCUGUUCCCACGUAAACUCUUCAAUGACUCUCUGCCCCCUAUGUUCUUGAGACAUCAGCUCUACAGUCUCAGCCGAGACCGCACCGCCGUAGACAGGUUACUGAGCACUUUACAGCAGACGGGGGAGGUGUGUCUUGUUCAGCCCGGCUUUGAUCCAGACUCUUUCCUUGUGGUCAGGAACGAAGAUUUUGUGGAGGCCGUCAUUAAAAGCAUAGAUGGAAGUUCUGGAGCCCCUGUCGUCCGCCGUUUCCUGGACUCCAGCUUCUUCACUCCCUCUAAAAUAAGCUACAACCGGGAAGAGAUGAUGGAGAGACACCGGUUUAGCGAUGCAGAGAUUUCUCAGCUGGUACAUGCCGGGCUGCUCACCGUGAGGGAUGCCGGGAGCUGGUGGCUGUCCAUCCCCGGGGUCGGGAAGUUAAGCAAGCAUUUUAUAAAAGGACAGAAAGCUCUUCUUUCACAGAUCAGCCGCUCCCGAUAUAAAGAAGUCCUCCUCACAGAUCUGUCCACUCGGAAGCCUCCUCCCGCCGUGCGGUUAGGAAUGGAGUAUCACAUCCAUGACAUCAUCGGAGCCGGACUUGUAGACUGCGUUCCCACACCCUCCGGGACCCUCCUCCGUCUCUCGGACACAUAGCCCCGACCUCUCGCCAUCGCUGUGCCUUGUAAUUCACGUUCCUGCACCAUGAGCCUCAUCAUACACCGGACAUCUCCACCGCGUAUUCUGCCAAUGAAUUUCUGAGGAUUGUAAUAAAUCUCUUUUAUUUAUUCGUCA